AUGGUGCGCGCCGACGGCUCGGGCUACUGCGGCCUCGCCCAGGGUUUCUUGGCUUCCCGGAGCCCUCCGUCCGGUCGAGCCAGGGAUUCUGGGGGCGGGAGGAGGGGGGCCGCGGCGCCGGACGUUGUGGUGAUUAGCUCCGACGAGGAGAAGGAGGAGGGCGACGGAUCUGCCCCCGUGGCCAGGAAGUCGCGUUUUGGUGAAGGAGGGCCGACCGGGGACCGCAAUCUCGUCGUGGUGAAGAAGGGAAAGUCCGAUGGCGAGGAGGAGGAGGACGACGAUUGCGUGGUUCUAGACAGCAACCCCGAUGUGCCGGUUGCCGUUGUGAAACAGGAGGGGAGUGCCGGCUUUGAUGGCAGCUUGGAUGAACUGCUCAUCGUUGCAGAGAAAGGCCAGGUAGCGUGCAGGGACUUCCCUCACUCGCGCCAUUUAUGCUCUAGCUUGCCCUUUGGCACUACUUCUCACGUCAGGCAUUGUACCAUGUGCUACUGUUUUGUAUGUGAUGUUCCAGCUCCAUGCAAAUAUUGGGGUAAAGGUCUAUUGACUGAUGAUCAUUGUCAUGGUACCGAUGACGAAAUGAGCUGGAAAAUACUGAGGCAGACAUUCAGGCUCGGCCGCCUGACAGCAUCUCUUUCAGAAAAAUGCCAGAAUGCCGUGCACCCACCAAUGGUGCCACCCACACAGCAAGAUGUACAUCAUCAAGUCUCAGCCCCACAGUCACAUCCAUCUUCCAUGCCAGUCUUACCGAAUGCAGGGCAAACUGUCGGUGCAGUAAGAGCAUCUCCUUUGACAAGAGCUGAAAGAGGUAGAGACAAUGCUCACACCGCUCGGGUUACUCGCACCGCCACCCCUUGCCCACAAGAGCCAUACCAGGAGGAAGGGGAUGAAGGGUGCACGCCUAAGGUGUACGUAGGGAACCUACACUACGAUGUUGUCAGCGAGGACCUCGCCAAGCUCUUUGAGCAAGCUGGUGUUGUUGAGUUCUCAGAGGUUAUUUACAGCCGAGGAACAGGCCAGAGCCGUGGAUAUGGAUUUGUCACCAUGAGUACUGUUAAGGAGGCUGAGCUCGCUGUGGAGAUGUUCGAUGGCUUUAAAUUGUUUGGGAUGCUUCUUAUUGUGCACAAAGCAGCUCGGAGAGGCGCUCGGGAGGAAACUCCUUCCCAUCAAUCCAAGUCCGCAUUCAGAAUCUAUGUGGGCAAUCUGCCGUCGCAUGUCGGUGACUCUUGGUUGGAGGAGUUGUUCAGCAAGCACGGCAAAGUGGUCGAUGCUAGAGUCGUCUACGAGCACAGAGGAGGAACCUGGAGAUCGCGGGGAUACGGUUUUGUCACGAUGGCCACAGAGGAGGAAACGUGUGACGCUGUUUAUGCCCUCAACAGACAGAUUCUGGAGGGACGUGCACUGCAGAUUCACUUUGAACCCCUGUAA